GGACAUUAUGGAAUAAAGGGACAUUAUGAAUUGAAGAAAUCUGAAGAUGUCAGAUGGUUUUCAUUGCUGAGGUGAUAAAAUGGUUGCCACAAAACCGAGUUUUUGGACUUCUGAUUUGGACCAGCUUUUGGAAAAACUUCUGAUUUGGACCAGCUUUUUUCAUAAGGCCAUUUUAAAGCGACGUCGACCAUAACGCUGUUAUGACCAGCAGAAAAAAGUGGGGUGAUGAAGACGAAGAAAACGUCAUAGAUCAGAAGUAACACCAGCAGUAAGAGAUAAUAGACCAACAGCAGAAACAGGCAGAUGAAUAUGACAAAGAUGACAACCAUCAAAGGGGUGAUCUGCAUUUGUUCAUCUUCAUCAGAGCUGCUGCUUGAAGCUUCAUUACUCCCUGUUUUCGUUUCUCUUUACAUACAUAAACAAGAAAAUGGAGGAAAAGAUGGUUAGAUAUGAUAUUUAAAACUAUCUUGGAAGAGGUGGUUGCAAAGAGUUUAAUAUUUGGUCACAGUGAUCUGGUCAGUGCAUUAGCCUGUGCUUGUGUUGGCUUGGAAAAUCAGUCUGCUGUAAUCAGUGCUGCUGAAAAUGGGGAAUUGUGUCUUUGGGAUGUGGAUGAUGGACUUUGCAUACAAACAAAUACCAUCGCAGGAGCACACACAAGUUUAUUGCCAUUCCAUGUUUCCACUGGAGGUAAUAAGGAGUGGAGGGUUGUUUGCCAUGGAUAUUAUCUUGAUGUCUAUGUUGUGGAUGUUCUUACUUUAGAAGUGCUCUAUACACUAUCAUCCAGUGCAUCCUCAAAUUGGUUAGCCGCAGCUUGUGUGGUUAGACCACCCCGCCGCCAAGAGGAUGUUCUUGUUGGAAUAACGCUUUCCGGAACAGUGAAAAUAUGGCCAUUAAAAAGAAAUCCAGAAAAUAAGGCAAUAGAAGCAAUGUAUGAUCAAAGUUUAUCUCAGAUGGCUGGAAUGAAAGCACUUCAUGUUGUUUGCAAUCCAUUCUCACAGAGAACUAUACUCAUUGUCUCAGCAAAACAAUGGCAGAUGUACGAUGUCAGUAACUUCCAGUUCUUAACGGCCAUGUCAGCGGGAUCUGCUGAGACCUGGUCUGCAGCUGACUUUGUUCAAAGCAAUUGUGUUCUUGUUUGGUCAAAGAUAGGAAAAGCCUAUAUGUACAGACUGCCUCAGAGAUGUUGCCCAGAAAAACAAGUUGUUCCAGCAGGGCAAAUUUCGAUCAGACAACAAGACAGAGAUGGUCAACCUGAAUUGAUUUACACAUUUCAAAAUCAAGGUCAAAAGAAAACAUUUAACGGUUCAAGAAUGAUGUUUUCUUUUGGCCGUCGAGAACCGUUCCACAAGUUAAUCGUGGAAGGAAAUGCAAGUGGAAGAGUGAACAUUUGGCGCAUCGAUCAAAUCGUAAAAGAACUUGAGAACAAUGGAGGUCAAAAUUUUGGGAAACCUCAUGAAGCAAUUCCUUGCAGUGAAACGGGUAGUUUCAUCGACGUCUGGCUAUCCUCAAACAAGCCUUGUGGUUUGCUCGAUUCAUUGGACGGCAGACGAAAACCCGUGAAGAUCACAUCAAGUUUGUUUUUGGCGGCUCAAGGAAGAAUCGCGUGCGGUCGUCAAGAUGGGUCCAUUAUCAUAAUCUCCGCCACCAAAGCCGCCAAAACACAGUUCAUGAUGGAAAACAAUACUGACCCAGCUGCAUGGCCGAAAUACCAGAAGCUGAUUGGUCAUCGAAGUAAGGUCACAUGCCUUCUGUAUCCAUACGGAGAGUAUGAUCGAUAUGCCCCCGAGCAGUUCGUGUCCGGGUCAGCGGAUUUCACAGUCAAGUUAUGGAGCCUUACUUCCGGUGCACUGCUGGCGUCAUUUUCAGCCAAUGGCGGAGAGAUACUCAGGUUGACGUGUACACCUCCAGAAAGCAGCGUCCGCAUUCAACACUGUGUGUGUUCGAUAGCCCAAGAUCAUUCUGUGGCAUUGCUAAACUUGCGUGAUCAUCGAUGCCUUUUGCUUGCGUCAUGCCACAGGUUCCCCGUGCAAACUGUGAGGUGGAAACCUGCCGAGGAUUUUCUGAUUAUUGGCCUGUCUGAUGGAAGCGUAUACGUAUGGCAAAUUGAAACUGGAACCCUAGACCGGUAUGUUACUGGCGAUGCUGCCGUGGAAAUCCUCAAUGCCUGCGACGAAGAGUCGGGAAAGUUAAGCACGGAUGGGAGUUUAAGACCGAGGACAGUGUUCACGAAAAAAUUGUCGCAUAUUGCGACAAAUAUCCCUAAAAUGCCGUCACAAAUGUCGUUGAGGAAAGUCAAGAGAACUCGCGUGUCCAGUCCCAGGAGCAAAAGGAAACGCGCGCCUACGCGAUCCCCAGUCGAUAGUUACCAGGAGAUGAGUAAAAGUGUCCCAGUACGUGUGACAUCUUUGAAGACGGGGGCGGAUGAACCGGAGAUUCACGUCAUGCUGUUUGAUAUGGAGGCGUUGAUCUGCCAUCUUCUCGUGGAGGAAGUGAAAACGCAAAAACUUGGCUUGAACACACGAAAAGCAAACAAAGACCAUUCAAAACAUGUUUCGUUCACCUCGGCAAAUCAAGUCAGUCCAAAUCUAAAGUUCCUGGAGGAGAUUCACGAUGGUGCUCAGCUGCUCGUCUCGUGUUUACACUCUUGGGGACUGGAUCCUGAGAUCGACGAAACCUGUACGAACAGACUCGGGCUUCUCAAACCGAUCAAACCCAUUUCUUUCGGUCUUUUAACCCACCGGAAGCUUAGCCUGAUCGUUCCCGGAUGGUAUUCGAACUCUGAUCCGACCGAUGGUUCUUCUAAGGAAACUGGUCACAAGAAGUUCUUCGAAUCUCGUUGGGAAUUUUGUUCUGCGCUGACAACGCAACAUUCGCUAAGUAUCGUUGCUCUUACAAACACCCUCAUGAGCAUGUCCCAAGUCAGCUUUCUGCCUCGUCACGAGAAACCUUCUAUUCCUCCUCCUCGGCGGAGCGAGGACGCCACGAAGGGUUCCGAAGUUGAGUCGCCGUCACGCGAUGAGGAAGCGAACCUCGCAAUCAGUUCUAUGAUCCGCGCAAACAUCAAAGCGGGCUGGAGUCGACUGGCAACAUUGUACUGCUGUCUUCUACCCGAUAAAUUGGACAUGGCUCAAUAUAGGCCGCCAUUACUUCACGUAUUAGCAAGGAGAUGGCAAGACCGCUGUCUGGAGAUUCGUGAAGCGGCCCAAGCUAUUCUCGUGACCGAGUUGAGGCGAAUAAAUAUGGAAGGCCGAGCUAAAGUGGUGGAAACCUGGGUACAAUAUUUGCCCCAGGAAAUUGAGGGCUCUAGCGUUCUACUGGAAUCCACCGAUUCCGAUUUUGAAAACUCAGAUUCCAGUGAUGUGUCCGUGGGCGAAGAUGAUUUUUCCGAAGAUGUACUCAACGUUCUCGAUGGCGCGAAAAAGCUCUUCCAAUAUGACGCCAGCCGUCGCCAGGCAACCUCGAUCAUAAUGUUGGCCGUGAUUGGUUCCGAGUUCCAGAAAGAUCUUGGGGCGCUGUCGGGGACCAAUAACAAGGGAGAGAAAUCGUCGAACGAUUCGCAGAAGAAAGUCGGGUUUCAAGGUGAAAUGUUGCUUCCCUCUCGGGUCGUCUACCUCACCAGUCGAGCGCUCAUGUUUAUUUUGCUGAAAUCCCAAAGUCAAUCCUCCCGCACAUUAUCCUAUACAUCGAUGCGACGGGCCGCCAUCGACCUGAUAGGCCGUGGUUUCCCCUUGUGGGAGCCUUAUAUGGACGUGUCAGCGGUACUUAUGGCCCUGCUGGAACUCUGUCCUGACAACAGGGGUCACGUGGCUUCGUUCUCCAAAGGAUUGCCUCUCUCCAGUGCUGCGGACUCACAAAGAUCAGCGCGACAUGCACUCACCUUGAUCUCCACUGCCCGUCCGCUAGUCUUCAUAACAACAUUAGCAAAAGAGGUGGCGCGCAGUUCCUCGGCCCAAGCCUCGCUCUCUUUCAAUCAAGCCUCCCCAGCAGCCAUAGCGGUCUACAGUCAUGUUCGUCAUCAGCCCUCGUCCGCGGACGUUCAACACUCGUCAACCCUGCAUCGCUCCAAGAAAGAAAUUCUGCGAGUUCUUGAAUUGAUGAUUGACAAAACACAGCAAGAAGUCAUUAAACUGUUACCAGAGGUAGUACAGAUCAUUGUCCACUGCAUUGAGCCAAAACAACUAAAAGAACGAAGCUUAGAAGAAAUUUUCUCUGCCCUUUUCAAAUUUCACAUGGUCAGUUAUUGUCCCAAUACACGUCGUCUUGCAGUCGGUUCGAAAUCAGGUCAACUCACAAUUUAUGAACUUCGCUCGUCCAAGGAACAGAUCAUUCCAGCACAUUCAUCUGCAAUCACCGCUGUUAGAUUUUCAAAAGACAGCAAAUUACUCGCCACCUAUUCUUACGAGGAAGCAAAAAUUAACUUUUGGCAGACGAGUUCCUCGCUGUUCGGUGUCCUGGGCUCCGGGAUCAAAUGCACUCGUUCCUCGAAUGUUUCACGUGAGGUGAAAAUCACUCCAGUGAAUCUGAAGCAAACCAAGUUAGUCUGGGUGAGCCAGAAAUCAGUCGUGUUGCUAUUGGCUGACGGCACGCAGCACAAGUUUACGGCUUAGUCUCCCCCGGAAUGACACGCGGUUACUUCAAUGAAUAUCAUUACUGCGGCUUGGAAGCGAAUGCAAAGUUAACGGUGACGAAUCAUAACCACAUUGAUGAUUCAACAACAAUUCUUUUCGUGGUAUGUACACAGAGCAGAUUAGAUAACUAACAAUUGAAUUACAGUAAUCAAUUACAUAAGACGAGCCUUUUUUUGCAUGUUUUAUACUUGCUAUAGACUGAUUGUCGUAUCAUUCUAAGCCUGUGAGUCCCCGACCAAUAAACUUUAUUAUUAUUAUACUUAUUUAAAGUUAUUUUAAUUUCAUAAAAUGCCAGCCUUUACCUGUCAUGUAGAGUUAGAAAAGACGAAUCAUAAUAAAAAUGAAAAAAG